CAGGAAAUGACAGAUCAUCUACGUCAUGUAGUGGGAAUGGGACUGUGCUAAGAACAGACAUUAAAACUUUUCGUAGCCCUGGAUGAUGUGAGAGACGCUUACCGACUCGCGACACUUACAUUUAGGGGGCCCAUGUGUUGAGUUGUGUUUAUGGAUCAUAUGAGUAAUAUAAACAUAAGGCGCGUUUCACCGCUCCGCGCGCACUGAGACCGAGUCGAGCUGGCAACGCAUAAAUGCAACUUCACGCCUAUCUGAGAGUUGAAGUCCAGAUGGAUGAAGUGAAACACACCUUAUAAGUGCCGGUGAGGAGAUAAAGGUGAAGAAGGUCAUGGAUGAACUCGCCACUGAGAGUUUGUGACAGCAAGAAAUCCUUGAUUCCGCUCGUGAAUUUUUUAAAGGCGGCGUGAGGCUCAGCAGGUUGUUGCUAUGACUGCAGCGGUGUUGCGUUUCGGCACUGCCUUGUACAUCAACUGCGACCUAACUGAUUGAUUCCUUGUCUGAGAGGAAAGUGCAGCUACAGUUCACUGUAGAUACAUAACUAGGAUCACUAACACUGUAUACUACACUGUUGCUUGAUGUGAUCUGGGCUUUGGAUCCGUUUACGGGCAUGGUUGCAUACAAAUGUUUAUAAGAUGACACUCAACACACAAAAAGAGCGAAAGGAACCCCUAAGAAGGAGAGCGAGUACUCCCAUCCCCUCUUCUCGCCAGGCACGCAAGGGAGAUAGAGACCCCUCGUCUGACCUGUCUCACCCUCCUCUCGCCCAGUCAGCCUCAUACCACACCGGAGACAAGAGCUUACACUCACGGGCCAGUUGGUCUUCAGACUCAGAGUCUGAUAGCUCUGGAUCAGAAUGCCUUUAUCGUGUGGUUUUGUUGGGGGAUCAUGGUGUUGGGAAGUCAAGCCUUGCCAACAUUUUUGCUGGAAUACAGGAGAAGGAUACUCACAAGCACAUCGGAGAGGACACGUAUGAGAGAACCCUUACAGUGGAUGGGGAGGAGACGACUCUGAUUGUGAUGGACACGUGGGAAUCAGAAAAACAGGAAGAAGAUGAGAAGUGGGUGCAGGACUACUGCAUGCAGGUGGGCAACGCUUACAUCAUUGUGUAUUCCAUCACCGAACGCAGCAGCUUCGAGAGCGCCUCAGAGUUGCGGAUCCAGUUACGUCGCAUCCGGCAGGCCGAAAACAUUCCCAUUAUCCUCGUGGGGAAUAAAAGUGACUUGGUGCGCUCCAGAGAGGUGGCGGUGGAAGAGGGUCGGGCUUGCGCGGUGGUGUUUGACUGCAAGUUCAUAGAAACCUCUGCCUCCCUCCAUCACAACGUUCACGAGCUCUUUGAGGGCAUUGUGAGGCAAAUACGACUGAGGCGAGACAGCAAAGAGAUGAACGAGCGCCGUCGUUCAGUCUACAAGCGAAAAGAGAGCAUCACAAAGAAGGCCAGACGCUUCCUGGACCGGAUGGUGGCCAAGAAUAACAAGAAAAUGGCCCUGAAGGUCCGCUCCAAGUCUUGCCAUGACCUUGCGGUGCUGUGAACCCGCAGAUGCACAAGUUGUGUCCGCUCAGAUUUCUUGAACUUUAGAUUUUCUGUUGCUUUAUGGUUUAUGCUCAUAAAGCACAGAAAAUUUGUUCGCUUUUGAAGUUGAAUACACUUUUUUAUAUUUAUUUGUCCAUUUCAAAGUGUGACAAAAUAGAAUAUUAAUGAUCGUAUGGUUACCCUGAAGACAGAAGUUGUGCUUUUUGUCAUAUGUGCUGUUUGAUAGGUGUUUGAACCAAAGGCUUAUUACUGUAUAUCACCAAUCAAGUGGACUUUGUUUUAUUAAUGUUUGCCUUAUCAAGACUGAGUAAACAAUAGUUAGAAUUAACAAGCAAUAUUUAUUAUUCAGUGUUUUUGUACAGUUUUUCUUAAAGAAUGAUUAUUUGACCUUUGUCGUUUUUUUAAAAGAAAAGUACUUUGUAUUCACUGAAAGAUAUUUGUUAUGAGAAAGGCACAGCCAGAAACGUUAAAGGAGAGGAAUCUGUUAUUAUAUUACUAAUAAGUUUAUUCAAAUAAAGCAAAAAAUAGCAUGGACAUGUCAGUCAUCAUUCAAAAGGGCAUGUGAAUAUCCUCUGUAAGCUUGUAGCUCAGAGUGUUUGUAGUUUAUAUGAAUGAGGUAGUGGGUGAGUAAACAGGAACUUUAUACAACAACAACAAAAAUAAUGGUUUACAAGCUUUCUAAAUGUAUUUUUGUCUACUUUUUGACUCUGGACUUAGAGGAAAAAUGUUUUGUAUAAGUCAGUGCUGAGUGUUGUUGGUUUGUAGAUAUAUAAAUAAAAU